AUGGCAGGUAACGAUGAAGACAUUCACCACUUUUACGAGACGAACGAACGCGGCGAGCGUGUCAUGGUGCGCUCGACGGCUUCCGAGCAAGCUAUUUACAUACGUUUCGUAAAUAGCGUAUCGCGCCCGGUAGACAUCUGGUGGAUCGAUUUCCAAGGCCUCCGUCGUCAUUAUGUGCGGAUGCAGCCACGCACAUAUUUCAACGUGGACACCUACGUCACUCAUCCCUGGGAGUUCACCGAUCCGACGACUAACGAGAACUACGUAAUCCACAACAAGAGGUUCUUCAGAGCUCCCAGCUGCCUGGCGGGGGUGCAGCACCGGACCAACUGGUUUGUUUGCGUCCAGGUAAGGUCCCUACGGAAAACUGCUCUAUUGUUUUUGGCUCAGCACUUAAAAUGUCCUACGCGGGUGCCCGCCCUUGGCUUGCCCCGCGAGCUGUCCCGAGACUUAGAGGGCCUCAUCUUAGCUAUUCAGAACACACCGCCUCCGCCGCAGCGCUCCUGA